GGACACAACCUCCCCCUUUCCCCUAGCCGCCCCUAGCUCUCACUGACGUCGGCCAGCUCCUGCGCUGCUCUUUCCUUGUUAUUGACAGCUCCGCCCCAGCUCUCGCUCCGCCCCACCUUCCCUCCCUGUUUAAGAUUCAUCAUCUAUAGGUCGUGCCGCCUUCUGCUGUGUCUACACUGUGCCAAUUCCUUCCCCAAAGGCCGCACUUCCAACACCACCGGGCCGUCCAGCCCUCCGAGUGCGCGUGCCCGCUCUUCCCAGCCCUCCCUUCUCUCUCCUCCCCACCGAGUCUGAGCCGUCCCACGCGCGCGCGCGCGCGCGCGGUCCCCGGCUGUCUGGAGUCAGUUGCUCCGGCGUCCGCGCGCGCUGGUCUGUCCCUGCCCCUGCCCCUGCCGCUGCUGCCGCCGCGGGGGCCGCCGGGGCCUCGUCCUGUCGCCGCCAGCGGAGCGCGAGCGCCGGGACCCGGGCGCGCGGCCCCCCCGCCCAGGCUCAGCCAGAGCCAUCUGUUAUAACAGAGAAUAAAAAAGGUGGUGGGAAAUGGAAUGAACAAAACUCACACAUUGAAAAAGUCUGACAUAUGCAAUGUUUCUCAUCCAUAGCUUCUCAUCUCUACAGAAAAGGGAAGCCAGAACACACCCAGUAUGUGUGAGCAGUUCUGUAGAGUUCCAGGAAUGCUGACUAUUUGCCAAGCCAGAGAAAUGCAUUUUUGACCAUAAAACUGCUAAAUUCCCAGAUCAGCUAUUUUUCCUGAAGGACUUUAAAUGGAUAUUUACAAUAUAUCUACAGAGAUAGACUAAGAAUGACCUACCAAGGGCUGAAUCAUAACCACAGGUGCUGCGACAAAGAACACUUUAAAGAUGCAUAAAAGUCUGUUUAAAGUGAAGAGGAAGAACUGGAUAAAAUAAUGAGGUUUAAAAGGGAAAAUGUACACUCUUCAGCCAAUUGAGAUUCAGCUCUUGGAGAAUACUUCUUUGAACCUCAUGGAUUAGCUGGAAUUUGGACUGUGAAGCCCUUGCUGAGAAGAGCUUUCAAGCUUUGAUCACCUGAACAGACUCUAGCAAUGGCCAGCAAACGGAAAUCUACUACCCCUUGCAUGAUACCAGUAAAAACUGUGGUGUUACAGGAAACAGAAGCAGACCCUGUUGAAGGUUUUAACGAAGGAACUCAGCAAGAGUUACCUCCUGAAACUUCUACUGUUAAUGAUGCUGUUAACAACAACAAUAAUAAUAAUGGAACACUAUCUAAUGGGCAUCGAAGUACUUUUGAUGGUGAUUCUUACAUAUGUAAAUAUUGUGAUUUUGGGUCUCAAGACAUGAAUCAAUUUAUGGGGCAUAUGAACUCAGAACACACAGACUUUAAUAAAGACCCCUCUUUUGUAUGUAUUGAAUGCAAUUUUAUGGCAAAAACCUCUGAAGGACUUUCACUCCACAAUGGCAAAUGUCAUACUGGUGAAAUCAGCUUCAUUUGGAAUGUGGCCAAACAGGACAAUCAUUUAACUAUAGAGCAAAUCAUCUCUGAUAGCACCAGCAGUCACGACCUUUCAGGGGAGUCCUAUGAAGAAGGGAUAGAUGGACAAGCUGAAAUUAUCAUUACUAAAACUCCAAUUAUGAAGAUAAUGAAAGGGAAAGCUGAAGCCAAAAAAAUUCACACACUGAAGGAGAACUUGCCAAAUCCAUCUGUUGGAGAGAAUUUAUUAAAUCAGCCAUCUGGAGAGAACUUACUCAGUCAGUCAGUUGGUGAAACUGAGAUGAAAGAGAGUGACCAUUCUUUCACCAAUGGAUCUGUUCCAGUCAGCCAGGCAACCAGUAACCCUGUGAAAACUUCACAUGUUGCCAAUGGCCCGCUAAUUGGAACCGUGCCUGUUUUACCUGCUGGCAUAGCUCAGUUUCUAUCUAUUCAACAGCAGCCCCAAGUGCAUACACAACACCAUCACCACCAGCCACUGCCUACAUCUAAGUCACUUCCCAAAGUGAUGAUUCCAUUGAGCAGCAUUCCAACAUACAAUGCAGCCAUGGACUCAAAUAGCUUCCUGAAAAACUCUUUCCAUAAGUUUCCUUACCCCACCAAAGCUGAGCUUUGCUACUUGACUGUUGUGACCAAAUACCCUGAAGAACAACUAAAAAUUUGGUUUACUGCCCAAAGAUUGAAGCAAGGUAUCAGUUGGUCCCCUGAGGAGAUAGAAGAUGCAAGGAAAAAGAUGUUUAACACAGUUAUCCAGUCAGUACCUCAGCCUACAAUCACAGUUUUAAAUACUCCUUUGGUUGCCAAUGCUGGCAACGUCCAACAUCUCAUUCAGGCUGCCUUACCCGGUCAUGUUGUUACAGGGCAACCAGAAGGUACAGGCGGAUUACUGGUUACUCAGCCAAUAAUGGCCAAUGGGCUACAGGGGUCAAGUUCCUCUCUCACCUUAGCAGUUACCUCUGUUCCCAAGCAGCCAGCUGUUGCACCACAUAACACUGUUUGCUCAAAUACUGCAUCCACCGUGAAGGUGGUAAAUGCUGCUCAGUCUCUGCUCACUGCAUGCCCAACUAUAACUUCCCAAGCUUUCCUAGAUUCUAGCAUCUACAAAAAUAAAAAAUCUCAUGAACAGCUAUCAGCUUUGAAAGGUAGCUUUUGUAGGAAUCAGUUCCCUGGACAAGGUGAAGUAGAGCACUUGACCAAAAUUACAGGCCUCACUACAAGGGAGGUUCGAAAAUGGUUCAGUGAUCGAAGAUAUCAUUGCAGAAAUCUGAAAGGUACUCGGAGCAUGUUACCCGGAGAUAGUAGUUCUAUGAUUAUGGAUUCCACACCUGAUGUUACCUUCACUCUAUCACCCAAAGCACCUGACUUAGCCUGUGUGACAACAGCAGCAACACCAGGAAUUCAUCACUCAGCCAAACGGCAAUCCUGGCAUCAGACACCAGAUUUCACCCCAACAAAAUAUAAGGAGAGAGCCCCAGAACAGCUCAGAGCCUUGGAAAGCAGUUUUGCACAAAAUCCUCUUCCCCUUGAGGAAGAAGUAGACCGACUGAGAAGUGAAACCAAAAUGACCAGAAGAGAAAUUGAUAGCUGGUUUUCAGAGCGGCGGAAAAAAAAGUCUGCAGAAGAGAACAAAAAAUCUGAAGAAGCAGCUUCUCAGGAGGAGGAAGAAGCUGAAGAAGAUUGCGGUGAAGAGGAUCCCGCUGAUGAGUGGAGGGCUUCAAAUGAAAAUGGCUCUUCAGAGGCUACUGGUAGUGACCAUCCUCGAGUGGAACGGAAAGUCAGCCCCAUCAAAAUCAAUCUCAAGAAUCUGAGAGUGACAGAGGCCAAUGGCAGAAACGAAUCAGUAGGACUGAGUACUAAUGACCACGAGGAUGAGCAGGGUUUGAGCAAAUCCCUGGAACAACCCAAGAACAAAGUGAAUUAUAAAAAGACUGCCCAGCAAAGGCACUUGCUCAGGCAGCUGUUUGUCCAAACCCAGUGGCCAACAAAUCAGGAAUACGAUGGUCUUGUCUCCCAGUCUGGCCUGCCCAGGGCAGAGGUCGUGCGCUGGUUUGGAGACAGCAGAUAUGCACUUAAAAAUGGACAGCUGAAGUGGUAUGAGGAUUAUAAGCAUGGUAAUUUCCCCCCUGGUCUAUUGGUCAUCAGCCCAAGCAAUAGAGAGCUUCUUCAGGAUUAUUAUAAAACCCACAAAACGCUGUAUGAAGAUGAUCUUCAGGGCCUAUGUGACAAAACUCAGAUGAGCUCACAACAAGUUAAAUUGUGGUUUGCUGAAAAAAUGGGUGAGGAAACCCGAGCUGUAUCUGACACUUGCAGUGAGGACCAGUAUUCCAGUACUGGAGAACAAGCAGGAAAUCACAAAGGAACAUGUGACACCUAUUCAGAAGUGUCUGAGAAUAGUGAGUGCUGGGAGCCCAGUGGCCAGGAGAUCAGUUCAGAACCUUUUGAUACACUGAGCCCUCAAGCUGGAAUCCAGCUAGAAGCAGAUUGAAUUUAAACUGACUGCUAUGAAGGAUCUGCCAAAUAUGGGAAGAUGUCAAAUGGAAUGGGUCAGAUCUGAACCUCUGCUGCAGGGGCCAGUUUCAGUGCCUGCUGCUGUGAGACUUUUACCCAAGCACACUGGGGAGAAGCUGUUGGGAACUCACUGGUCACACCAGAGCUCUUCACAGCCAACUUAGGAUGAGAUGCUGAGCUGGAGAGCAGGGUUCAUGUCAGAUUCUUUCUCCCGCAAUAUAGGACCUCUUCUUUGCCUUCCAGUGCAUAAAAUAUUUCAGAUUUCUUAUUCAUGUACAACAGAACCAACUUUUUUAACAUAUACAUCUGCCUAUACACAUUUAAUAAAACAUCAAAUUAUAAACAUGUUCAUUACAUAGAAACUUCUGAUUAGCAAAACAAUGCAUUUCCUUUUUCUCUCUGUGUUUAGUGUCUGUUCUCUGAAGGUUGAUAUCACUAUAUUUACUCCACUCUGUCUUUUAUCAGGGUACAAUGCAUUGAAUCUAGAGAGCGUGUCAUCAAUAUAUUUAAGACUUUAUCUGAAAUCCUUUCUGUGGACCCCUUUCUGAAAAUAAUUCUGCUUUGUUAAGCAAUCUCUGACCAGCAAGUCUUUAAGCACCAGUUUUCUUGUCUGAAGUAAUAGCUGAAUAGCCAUUUCCCCCCAGGUUUAAAAAAAAAAAAAAAAACACACACAUUUUUUACUUUCCUUUUUCUGAAAAAUUCUAGAUUAGAUAAUUAACUAUUUUUCCAUCAUUGGAGUAAAUGAAGAUGUGUUUGAUUUUGAAUCUGGUAUAUGUAUUCAAAUGCCUACUACAAGUUAGAAAUGUUCCAGUAUUAGAGAAAAAAAAAGACAAAAAUCUAUAAACAAAAGCACAAAGCCACUACACACAGCACCUUUCACUUGAGGAUUUCAAAGCACUUUAUAAAUGUUGAUUUCUAAAUCCUCAUACAAGGGGAGGAAAAAUGUGGCAAACAUGAUCACCACUUUACCAGUAAGGAAACGGAGAAUGAGAAGAGAUUAACUUUCUUAGUUAUUUGAGUUGAAAGUGACCCUCAAUUUAAAAUCGGUUGUAUGAGGCUUCCCAAUAAAAUCAUAAAAGUUAUCUUUUUAUUGUAAUCAUGAGUUCUACUAGUCCUCUCUCAGUGAAUGCACAAGAUUUAAAAAGGUCAGAAAUAAUUAUCAAUUUUUUAAAUGUUCCCCUUAACUUGUAAGCUAAUAUGGUUUAUUUAAUUUUAAUCUCUAGCUUGUCAUUUUUGCCUUCCAUGAAACUUUGACAUUUUUGGAAAUGAUGCCUUUUGAAAUGUGGAACAAUUAUUUGAAUGUACCAUCUUUUUUAUUCACAUAAAGAUCUUCUAAUGUAAGUAGUAAUUUCCAUGGUAUGAGUGGAAAGACUGGAAAGCAUCUUAAUUAGCUAGCAAGACUAACUUGCAAUGUCAGAGUUAGAAAGAAACUCAGAAAUCAUUCAGUUCUCUUAUUUUACAGAUAAGAUUAAAGCCACAAGAGUUAAAGUGAUUUGCCUAAAGUCACACAGUUAGCAGAAGGGAACCUGGAGUGAAGUAGUCUGAUGCCAAAUCUAAUGGUAACUACUGUAGAACGCCAUUGAGAAUGACUGCCAGCUCUUUAGGGAAGAGUGAGGGAGAUUAGGUGAUAGGACUUCAGGUCUAGAGUAAAACACAAAAGAACAGGAAAACCUGAAGAUAAAUGUCUGGGACUAUGCGGUGCAGUCAGUUGAAGACAGGCAAGUAAAAGCUUAAAAUGAAUUAUGUUGGAAAUUGAGGGGCAUGAACUGUGGCUCUUUAGCAGAAGUCAAGCAUGCUCUCCCUUUACAAACCCUUACUAUCCUACAUGAACACUUUGGGAGCACAUGUUACAAGCCACAGCAUUAAAUUGGCUUAUAGCAGACAGGUGCCUUUUCUGGAGACAAGGGAUGUUUUAUUCUGUGGUCUUGAAGAACUCUUUCUUUAGAAUCCAGAGGCCUUCAUACUAUUUCUUCCAGAGCCUAA